AUGGAUAAUUACAAUUCAUACAAUCAACAAAUGAAACCAUUACAAACUGGUGGAUAUGUUUUAAAUACUCAACCACAACAAUCUCAACACCAACACCAACAUCAACAACAACAACAACCACCACAAAAUUCAUUUGAUAUGGGAUCAUAUUCUUCAUCAAUGACAGACUUUUCAAGAUAUGACAUUAGAAGUGAUAUCAAUAGUAUGAAUAGAAAUUAUUCUCAACAACCAGUUCCACCAGGCUCACAACCAUCGCUAUCUUUAUCAGGUUAUGGAUCUUAUGGAGGCCAUGAUACUUCCUCAAUGAAUAGAGGUAUGGGUGGUGGAAGUGGUUUAGGUGGUAUGGGUGGAAAUAAUAAUAGCAAUAACAAUGGCCCAUCAAGACCUUACGACAUGCGUCCAAAUUCAUUUGACAAUAGACCACCACCACCACAAUAUGAAUCUCGUGGUGGAGGUGCUAUCAAUAUGCCACCAAGAAAUGAUGGUAGGGGUGGUUAUGGUGGUGGAGGUGGUAUGUAUGAGAAUAGAAAUGAUAAUGGUGGUUAUGGUGGUGGAGGUGGUGGUGGUGGUGGUGGCGGUGGCGGUGGCGGUAGACCAUACGAUAGAUAUGAUAGUAGAGAUAAUAGAGGUGGAUAUGGAGGUGGUGGAGGUAGACCUUAUGAUAGAUAUGAUAGCAGAGAUAAUAGGGAUAUGUAUGGUGGACCACCAAGAGAUUCCUAUCGUUCAUCCUAUAGAGGCGGGUAUGAUUCAAGACCUCAUCAUGGCGGUAGAGGUGGUUAUAGAGAUAGCGGUAGUUAUCACCAUCCUUAUGGUGGCGGUGGUAGUGGUGGAAGUGGUGGUAGAUUCCAAAGACCAAGAAGAGAACCAGUUGAUCCAGCAGAAAAAGAAAAAAGUAAAUGUAUUUUUGUGGGAAACUUACCAUAUCAUUUCCAAAAACAACAUUUAGAGGAUUUAUUUGGUAAAUUUGGACCACUUGUAAAUAUUAAUGUUGGUUUCGAUAAAAGAAAUGGUCAAAGCAAAGGCUAUGCUUUCGUUGAAUUUGAAAAUAAACCCGACGCAGAUGCAGCAUUCAACGAGUACUUGGUCAAGGAAGUCGAAAAUAGAAAACUAAGACUUGACUGGGAUAUUGGUUUAGAUCAUAAAAAAGGUUCUAGAGAUGGUCAUUCAAUCUCAUCAAAUAACAUGAAUAGUAAUAGUAGCAAUAACAAUAAUAACAGUAGCAAUAAUAAUAACAAUAUGAAUAAUAAUAAUAAUAAUAAUAGUAAUAAUAAUAAUAAUAAUAUGAGCAACAAUAAUAAUAGUAAUAGUAAUAGUAGUAAUAGUAAUAGUAAUAGUAAUAAUAAUAAUAAUAAUAUGAAUAACAAUAAUAAUAAUAUGAAUAACAAUAAUAUGAAUAGCAACAACAACAACAAUAUGAAUAAUAACAAUAUGGAUAAUAAUAAUAAUAUGAAUAAUAAUGGUAAUAACAUGAAUAAUAAUAACAACAUGAAUAAUAUGAAUAAUAAUAUGAAUAAUAAUAACAAUAAUAUGAAUAAUAUGAAUAAUAAUAAUAAUAAUAUGAAUAAUACCAAUAACAAUAUUAAUAACAAUAAUAUGAACAAUAGCAAUACGAAUAAUAAUAACAAUAGUAGCAAUAGUAGCAAUAGUAAUAACAAUAAUGGAGCUAAUAUCGGUAUCAAUACUGGUGAUGCUAAUAACAAUGAUAACAGUAAUAACCUUAAUGCCGACAUUAAUAAUGCGGGUGACAAUCAUAAUAACAAUAGUAUCGAUCAACAACAACAACAACAACAAAAUGAUUCCACCGUUAACAAUAAUGAACAAACCGACCAAUCAUAUGACCCAUCAGAUGAUAAAUAUUCUGAGCCAAUAAAUGACCAAUCCGAUUCAGUUAAGCAACAAUAA